AUGAAGUCUCUUAAAGAUUGUGAUGAUAAAACUGCAAAUAUACCAAAAGUCAUAAGAGAAAAUGUAAUUAAUAUAUGUCAAGCAAUGCCUCAAUAUUAUAAAAACAAAACUGAACAUGGAGAUAUGUUUAAACUUUAUCUUUCCCAUAUUAUUCAGAAGCCAAUACAACCAGUAACUUUGAAGAAAAAAUCAUCAAUGACAAAAGGAAUUUGUCCAACAACUGAUGGAGUCAUACCUUUUGUGUUGAAUAUUGGUGAAGCAGAACUUGCUUGGUUGUUGCACAUAGAAAUUAAGAAUGAAUUAAUGUCCAUGAAUGAUCCACACUUCCAAACUUACAUUUAUGUUACAAGGCAUUGCCCACAUUUAUGGGUUUUUGCAUUCAUUCAACUGGAUGGAGAAUUUGUUUUUCAAUCACUUAAGUAUCUGACAUUAGUAGCAUCUAAUCAAUCUACAGAGUAUCAGUCUAUCUUCUGCUUUUUUGGGGCUCUUAAACAGGCAGUGAAUGCAUUGGAAGAAUUUUACAAAGAAGUUCUGAAUAAGUCUCAUCUAACACUGAACUACCCAUAUCCACAACAAUACAUCAAUGAAAAUCAUAAGAUUGUGAAAUUUAAUUAUAAAGCCAAGUAUGUAGAAGCAAAAACAUUGUUCAUGAUCAAAGAUGAUUUGAACAUUGAAUACAAAAAAAAAGUUUUCAAAGAUAUUGCAGAGGCAAAAAGGUUACUGCACAAAAAUCAAUUGGUAUUUGGUGAUCUAAGAUCAACAAACAUUCUUGUAACUGACAUGGAAUCUUCAUCUCCUCAGGGGAUGUUGGUAGAUUUUGACUGGGGUGGAAAAGAAGGUGAAGCAUGGUAUCCAACUCUCCAGAAUACAAGAGAUAUUAUAUGGCCCAUAGGUGUGGGGCCUGACGAAUAUUUAAUGAUGGAGCAUGAUAAUGUUCUCUAUUCAUGGUUGGAGGUUGAAUAUGGAUCAUGUGAAUUGAAGGAUGUGUUGCAACCUGAACAAUAUGGCAAAAAAUGUGGUUUUCCUGUUGUUGAUUAUGCUGGUAAAUAG